AUGGGGAACCAGGCCUCGGCCGGCCGGCCGCCACAGGUGUCUCCGGAGCAUUUGCGGCCGAGUCCGAAGGUGUCCCAGCGCGCCGAGUUUGACGAGCGCGCCCUGCGCCGCGCCAUCCUCGAGCGCCGGCUCGCGCCGUGCACGAGGGGCCAGGAUGAGGCCUCGCCGCACCUGGACGAGUGCCCCAUCUGCAUGCUAAACUUUCCGGGCGGGCUGAACCGCUCCUCGUGCUGCAAGCAGCCAAUCUGCACCGAGUGCUACCUGCAGGUGGCGCCGCGCAUGUCGUCGCGCGGGGUCAGCUGCCCCUUUUGCAAGAAGGACAACUACACCGUGGGCUACUUUGGCCCGCCCUCCGCCGCCGCCCGUGCAAAGGCGAGGCAGGAGGAGCAGCUCGCGCUCGCCUCCGCGCGGAAAGAGCCCGAGCCGGCGCGCGGCAACUAG